UAAUGGUGAUAUCUUUUUUAGGUUUGAAUAUUAUCAUAAACAUUAAAAUGUUGUCUAAAUUGAAUAGUGAAGAGUGGAAUAUCUUUUGUAACCGUGAAGAACAUUCCAAUAAAGAUACUAAAACAGUAACACAGACGAACAAUGAUAAUAUUUUUAUUAAACCAUGUUCUGUUUAUUUGGGCCCCCAAAUUAAUAUGAAUGUAUUGAAGGAGUAUGCCAGAAAACCAACAGAGGAACCUACAUUUGGUCUGAACCAAAGAUACCCCAAACGAACAAAAAAUGAAGAUAUUCAAGAGCGACUUAGUAAUUACAUAGGACCAUUUGAUAUCGAACGUCUUACUAGCCAAUCAAAUAACGAGUUAUUUAAAUCUAAAAGGUUCAAUUAUAAUAACAUUUAUAACACUUCAUUCAAAUAUUCAAUAUUGAAUCCAGGGGUUGUUUUAGAUUUUAUUAGAGUGCCGUGUUUAAAUAAACUCACGACGCUAUUGGAUUUAAUGUAUAAUGAAUCUUUACAUCGUUUGUGCUCAAAUGACUUAAGAGGCCGUGAAAAAUGUAUACGAACAUCCACAGAACUAAAGAAUUUUUUAUUUGAUUUAAGUUAUCAAAAAUUCAUUCAAUUUUGGGGACCUGACGUACAGUUUUCUAAGAGUAAAUUGGAUUUAUUUAUCUUAAAAGAAUACAAACGACUCAGACGUUCAUUAAUUAAACAUUCAAAACGUAAUACAACUAUAAAUAACAUAAGCUUAAGAAGAUUAAUAAUUCGCAAUGGAUGUUUAACAAGAUAUUCAAAGAAACCUCAAAUAAUAAGGUGUUUUUAUAUAAUUAAUACCUUCUGCACAAUUCUAGUGAAAAAAUUUUGCAGACUACUUUAUAUGAGGAGAACAUUAUUGUCUAAUUGUAUACACCCUGAUAAUGAAAUACUGCGUUUAAAACUCUAUCAUGAAGGUACGACCAAUAGAAAAACAUUUAUGGAAGUUGUUAAUGAUUACAAACAAAUAACAAAAAGUAGUAGACUAAAUUUUUUUCAAUUAUCCGAUGUACAAUUUGCGUAUGAAAGUAUACUUGAACCUGGAGAAAGUAUAGAUAAAUCAGAUUUAGAUAAAUGUGCAAAUGAAAGUUACAAUAAUGAAUGUUUUCAAAGCGGCAAUGAAAUAAAUCACAUAAGGUUUUCUAUGAAUCAUAGUAAGUUUAAUGAUGAUGACUUUGAUUUACAUUUAGAUGAUUGUAAUAUUAAACCAGAGAAUGUAUUAAAUGAUUUGUUCAUGCUUCCUUCCUUUACUAAUUUCUUAUCAACAUCCAAUAACAAUAACUUUAAUAACUAUUCUGACAAGACUGUAAAACUUCCAGAAGAUUUAACUGAAUGGGCUGGCGAAGUUCGAUCUCGUAAUCACUUUCUUUUCAAUGAAGAAGAGAACAAAGCUGAAACUACUGAAGAUAAUUCAAAAAAUGUAUCUAUCGAAGUAAUAGAGGAAGAAGUUCAUUUAGAAUGUACUUCCAAUGAAGAACAUAAUAUUGAAAAUGAAAAGGAAACUCUGAGACCUUGUUUAGAAGAAGUUAUAACAUCCACAGAUAGUUUAGAACAAGAAAUAACAGACACGAUCAAUCAAGAAGAUAGGGACAUUUCUACCGAUUGUUUGGAGGGAAAUUCUGUUACAAAUUAUUCAGAAGCAAAUGCUUCUGAAAAAUUAGAAAAAGUAAUUCCCACGUUGAAUUUAGAACAAGCAACUUGUAUUGAUGUUGUAGAGGAGGAAACUUCUAUAAAUAAAUUAGUAGAAGAAGUACAAGAAAAGGAAGAGGAACAAGUUGAAGAAGAAGAAGAAGAUGACGUCGACGACGAUGACGAUGACGAUGACGAUGAUGACGAUGACGAUGAUGACGAUGACGAUGACGAUGAUGAUGAUAAUGAUGAUGAUGAUAGUAGUGGUGGUGAUGAUGGUGAAGGAGAAGGCGGAGUGGGAGAAGGAGAAGAAAAAGGAGAAGGAACAGCAAUAAAUACUUCAGAAGGGAAAAGUAUAAGUUCCAGUUAUACGAAAAUCAAUAAAAUAUUCAAAAAAAAAUUAUUAACACAUUCAAUGAAAAUAACCAAAGCUGAAAAAAAAACGUUGGUAAGGAUUAUAAAUUCAAAAUUUGAUCCCGAUAAAAUAAAUUGGAAAAGGUAUAAACAAUCUACAAGAACGAGAUUGUUUCAAAUUAUCGUAUUCUUUGGAAGUUUUAGAAUGGCACUUUCUGACGAGCUUCACUUGGAUCGUUUAGGAUUAAAAAACGAUAAAAUAUGCGAAAUCGAUAAACUUUUGAGAUCAAUAAAAAUUGAAGCUGGUCUGUUGCAACAAUUUUUUACAUUUAAUGGAGUAGAAAACUUUUUAAUUUGGCCAUUAGGUAAGGAUAUUGUUGAUAAUAUCAUUUCACAGAGUAGUCCAACUAUUAACAUUUUAUUCAGUUUUGUUAAAGAUAUAAUUACUAAGUUUUGUGAUAAAGUAAAAGUAUUUUUACACAAAUCUGGUUUAAAAAUCGUACUGAACAAAGAAUCUCUUUUUGAAGAAUUAUCUAAUGAUAAGAUAGGAAAAGACGGCUUUAAUACUAAGCUAUCAUUGGAAUAUGAAAAUAUUCCAUCUACAUCAUCAUCAGCUAAUAUUAAUGUAUUUUCAACUGAUGUCCAAAAAAACAUUGACACUGAACAUUUAGAUUUAACUAAAAUAUCAAUUUGUAUUGAUAAAAAUAGUUCUAAUGAGGAAAUAUGUCAGAGUAUGAUUAGAAUUUUAAAAUCAGAUGAUUCUAUCCUUCAAUCUUGGAUAGAGUGUAAUGACUCGAAAAAGUUCAAAUCCAAACUCCUACAAGCUGGCGUUACAUUACCAAUAGAAGAAAGCAAUACUGUACAUUGUUCAAAAUUUGUUGAAAUAUAUGUAAGAUGGUUUUGUGAAGAAUACCUUCAAGGAGACAAAUUUUAUAAAUUGGCUUUAAGUAUCUUAAAAAAUAUUUCUAUUCAUAUCAAUACUGUUGGCGAAUGUACAAACACAAAAGUUGAAAUGGCAAUUAAUAACGCUUUAAUCAUAUUGUAUCAUGAUCCAUGCUUCGCAAAGGCGUACGAAUCAUAUCUUGAUGCAAAAAUCUCUCCUAAGUGUUCGUCUAGUUCAAAAUAUGAAAUAUCAAGUGUUGACAAAGAUCACAGUGAUUAUAAAGAUGUUAAUACUAAAUGUAUUGAAGAAGUAAACAUUGAACCAAUUAUUAAUGUUCAAACGAAUGCGAUAGACACUGAUAAUGCUGGAAUAACAUCUAUUACUAGUGAUACUUCCACAUCUAAUGUGUUAGAUGAAUUAAAUAAUGCUCAAGUGAGUGAUUCAGAUACUUUAAACCCACAAUGUUCUAAUGAUUUUAUUCACGAUUUUACAAAGUUAUUAAGUGAAAAUGAUGAUGGGACGUCUAAUAAUUUAUUUGAAAAUAUUGAUGUUGAUGAAAAUAAUCUAUUUAACACUGAUUUGAUAAAUAUCGAUGAUUCUAAUUGUAAUCCACUACAGUUCAAUGAAUCUAAUCCAUUUGAUGAUUUUCCAAUGAAUAAUUUAUUCGAUGAUAAUAUUCCACUUGAAACUCAUUCGGUUAAUGAUAUGUUAGGAAUAAACUUACAGUUUCAACAAGAUAAGAACACAGAAGAAGUUUCACUGAUAUCCUCAUGUGAUCAACUUGUGAAUUAUGCUGUGAGCGAUGAAAUUAGUCUCGAAGAGCUUAAUACGGCGGCAGUUAGUGACGAAUAUGGUUUUGACAAUGCUGGGGUACUAUUGCCGCCUUACAAUUGAGUGCUAUCUUGUAUAUAAAAAACAAAUUGUAAA